UUGUGAUAUACACAUUGUAUGUCAGAUUUCAACAGUAUGGCAUUGAAUCUGAAAUGUUUACUUCUAUGGUGCAUGUUUGUUACAUGUAUUAAAACAGAAUCAGAAAGUAUCAACGAGAAACGACUUCUUCUGACUGAUUCCGAUUAUGCUGACAACCAACAGAUACAGAGGGAUAUUCAGUUAAUGAAGGCAACUAUGAGUCAGUUACAAACUACUGUAAAUACACUUAAUGCUAAGGUCAUAGGCCAGGAUCAACAAAUUCAGAUCCAGGAUAAAAAAAUCCAGAACCAGGAUAUACAGAUUAAGAGUCAGGCGUCAGUAAUAACAACUUUUCAAAAUAAUCCAUCCGGAAGUACUUAUGUCAGAUGGGGAAGAAAAGAGUGCCCAACAAAUUCAACUGAAAUGGUUUACACGGGUAUUGCUGCAGGUGGCCAUUACAGUAAUCCAGGACGACCUGCAAAUCCAGUGUGUGUCCCACAUGAUCCUGAACUUGGUAUUGUUAGUCAUGAAUCCGCUUUUGGAUCUUUAUUUGGGAUGGAGUAUGAAACCAAUGAUUUUGGUAGUAAUCUAAUAGACAAAGAUGUACCAUGCGCAGUUUGUCGUGUAAGUCAUGCAUCAACUGUAUUAAUGAUUCCCGGGAAAUCCCAGUGUUACUCUGGUUGGAAAAGCGAAUAUAGUGGAAACCUGAUGUCAGGACACUAUAACCAUGCUGGUGCGUCCCAUUGUAUAUGCGUUGAUAGUAGUCCAGACAUAUUGGAGGCUGGUUCCCGCAACGACAAUGGAUACCUUCUGUAUGGAGUCAAGGCGUACUGUGGAUCACUCAAGUGUCCACCAUAUGUACAAGACACCCUGUUAAAAUGUGUGGUGUGUUCCAAGUAG